ACCAACAACAACAACAACAACGUCGUCCUGGGAGUCAUCACCUCCAUUUCCCUCUUACAACGUCUAUAUUUAACCCAAAUAAGACUUCCAAAGUGCCUUAAAUAUGUCUAAAAGUCUAUAUUUACCCAGGAUAUUACAGGGGUAUGGCUGGUGCGUGCCCAGGGGCCCCCUGGGCACGUUAUUUACUGAAUCCUGGGCAUCACAUACCCACCAUAGAGUGUUAGGUGAGGUAUGGAAGACUCGGCUCCCCGUGGUCUGCUCCGCAAGAAGAUUCUCUCGUAGAGGUGCUGGCAGGAAGGAUGAUAUAUCGCAUCUUUUUAUCCCAGUGCCAAUCAAGGCAAGACAAGAUGAAAUUAAUGUAGGAGAGGAAAUGGCCGGACCGUUGAAGAAAGAAGACAUCAUCCGUACCCUCAACCGUUUCUAUGCUAAUGAAUGUGUUAAAGAACUAGCGAAGGAAAAUGGAUUGGACAAUUACCUCUAUCAACAGUCUUUUAUAAGCUUUCGUAAGUUCUGUCUGGAUUCUGAAUCCUUGCCAGUUGAACUUCACAUUAUUAUCAGUGACAUUAUCCAGGGCGCAGGUCAUAUCCACGACAUGUAUCCGAGCUUCAUGAAACAUGCUCAGAAAAUCUUCCCUCACUUAGUGUGUAUGGAUGACCUCUAUAAGAUAUCAGACUUGACCAACCCUCCAAACUGGUACAGUGAAGCACGAGCAUUGAAUCGUAAGAUAAUAUUCCAUGCGGGGCCCACUAACAGUGGCAAGACCUACCAUGCCAUGGAACAGUUCCUUAACGCCGAGUCUGGAAUUUAUUGUGGACCCCUUAAGCUCUUGGCUACCGAAGUCUUUAAUAAAAGCAAUGAGAGGGGUACUCCAUGUGACCUGGUGACUGGAGAAGAGAGGAAGUUUAGUAAUACUGCAGGGUCUGUUGCCAAACACGUGGCUUGUACUGUGGAAAUGGCUUCUCUUAGUAAUCCUUACGAUGUAGCCAUAAUUGACGAGAUACAGAUGAUCCGCGAUCCAAUGAGAGGCUGGGCCUGGACCCAAGCCUUGCUUGGUCUCUGUGCAAAGGAAGUUCACGUAUGUGGUGAAGCUUCGGCUAUUGGCCUCGUUACUGAGCUUGCUGGUGCAACUGCGGAGGAAGUAGAGGUUAGAAGAUACAAGAGACUGACAGAACUGACCAUAGAGAGCUAUGCACUGCAGAGUUUUGAUAACAUUCACCCUGGCGACUGCAUUGUCUGCUUUAGCAAGAGGGACAUUCAUUAUGUCACCAGGGAAAUAGAACGAAGGGGCCACGAAGUUGCUGUCAUUUAUGGUGGACUACCGCCAGGUACUAAGCUUGCUCAGGCUUUUAAGUUCAACGAUCCUAACCAUCCCUGCAAGAUCCUUGUUGCUACAGAUGCAAUUGGAAUGGGCCUCAAUCUGAGUAUUCGACGGAUCAUCUUCUAUUCCCUCAUCCGGCCAAGCAUCAAUGAGAAAGGAGAGAAAGAGAUGGAAACUAUCAGUGUGUCAUCAGCAUUGCAGAUUGCAGGAAGAGCUGGUCGUUAUGGCACACAGUGGGAACAUGGCUAUGUAACCACCAUGAAAUCUGAAGACCACUCAACGUUAAGCCGGCUCUUAUCUCACACACCAAACAACAUAGAACAGGCCGGUCUCCACCCAACAGCAGACCAGAUAGAACUCUUUGCUUACCAUCUACCCAGCUACACUCUCUCCAACCUCAUUGACGUGUUUGUGAGUUUGUGUACCCUGGACUCCUCACUCUACUUCAUGUGUCUGAUGGACGACUUCAAGUUCCAAGCAGACUUGAUACAACACAUCCCUCUACCGCUGCGCUCUCGUUAUGUCUUCUGCUGCGCUCCAAUCAACAAGAAGAUGCCGUUUGUUUGUGCUAUGUUCCUCAAGUAUGCUCGACAGUUUUCCCAGAACGAGCCGGCAACGUUAGAUUGGUUGUGUCAUCAGGUCAAGUGGCCGUUCUCCACCCCCAGUACUCUGCUGGACCUGGUCCAUCUGGAAGAAGUCUAUGAUGUCUUCGAUCUUUAUCUCUGGUUAAGUUACCGCUUCACCGACAUGUUUCCAGAAGCAGAAUUAGUGAGAGACCUGCAAACAGAACUGGAUGGCAUUAUUGAUGAUGGUGUGACAAAGAUUGUGCGACUCAUUCGUAACUCUGACACCCAGAGCUCCAGCGCUGCCGCUGACACUGAAGACACAUUCAUCAUGGAUCAACGCAAGAAACACACACUUAGAGGUCGCAAACUUACACUGGAGGACUCGGAGGACUUACCUCAAGCCACAGCCAGACAAAAGAAAACUUCCAGCAAGAUAAACAAGAGGAUCUUCUCUAACGGUAGUCUUGCGGACCGACUCUUAACACAAGGCCUCCUCUCUCCUAAAAUGUUGGCAGAACUACAACGAGAAUGGAAACAACAGAGCAACGAAGACAAUGAUGACUCUCAGCGCACUAAACCAGCCAAAAAUAAACCAAACAGGCGCCCAAAAUAACAUCAGCGUCAUUGAUGUGCGAGACGUGUGCUAAACCUGUAUGGCAGUGUGAGAUGUGUAUUGUGAUUGUACAACCCUUGUGGGUUUAGCGCCUAGUUAUGAUUGUCACCCAAGAAGUUAUAAGGCAUCAGUGAUUGAUUUAUCAAAAUUACACGAAAGCGCUAAACCUGUAGGGUCAUACAGUGCCGGAAAAAUUAAAAUAAUUAAUGUUGCUAAAAGAAAUGAUAGGGCAGCUUCUAUUCCUGAGAUCAAGAGCCCUUCACAAGAAGAACUCUGCUAAACCCACAAGGGUCAUGCAGCGAUGAUUUAAAAUUAAAAACUCACUCGCAGUAAAAUAUUUUUUACUCGUGUAUAUAAAUUAUCAAUUAUAAUAUUUAAUUAUUAAAGAUCUAAGUUUA